CGUUCUAUUGGCCAGUCGGAUUUUUAUUGCGGAAGUGGUUACUUUUCUCUUGCAGUUGGCAGGCAGGCAUUAUUUGCUUAAAACAAAUACUUUCCCAAACAUGUAUACAACACAAAACAUCGUCAACUCAAUAACAUCGACUUGAGAUGCGAAAACAAUUGAUUGACUUCAUAACAAGAAGACUGUGAAGACUGUCUACACGGGCGUGUGUGACGCGUCUCUUCCUACAUUCAUCGUGUUGACGAUCGAGAAUCGCUUUCCUAUUCGCUAACUACGGAUUUUUGACACUUUGCCCGCUAGUCGGUCGGGAUGAAGCCUGGAGUAGGUGCAUGUCAGGACCCCUGUCAGGGUGGUCCGGGGGUGGGUGACAGGGGGGACGACACCCUGGUGUCUCUACCCCCUAAAGACACCUCUGGCUCACCCGCGGGGUCACCUUCAGAGUUGGGAAGCCCUGGCACCCGCCAGGUCGCGACCUUUGACCUGCUCAAGAUGGUGGUGUCUUACAAGAGGAUGGCCCUGUUUCUGGAGCCGGUCACUGACACGUUGGAGCUGGCCCGCUACCUACUGGGGUGGAGGAUGCCUCUGUGCUCACUACUGGUCUGUGUACUGCUCAACAUCCUUCCUCACUCUGAGUGA